ACUGGUGGCACUGACUGGCACAACCCCUGGGCACUGACUGGUGGCACUGACUGGCAGCACUGCUGGGCUGCACUGGUGGGUGGCACUGGUGGGCAGCACUGGUGGGCACAGGUGGGUGGGCACAGGUGGGUGGCACUUCUGGGCACAGGUAGGUGGCACUUCUGGGCACAGGUAGGUGGCACUGCAGAGUGGCACAGGUGGGUGGCACUGCAGAGUGGCACAGGUGGGGGAACUGCUGGGCACAGGUGGGUGAUCUGCUGGGCACAGGUGGGCGGAGCUAGUGGGCGCACUGCUGGGCACAGGUGGGCGGAACUUGCGGGUGGCACUGCUGGGCACCGAUCAUCAGUGACCCUGAUGAUCGCGUGUCAUUGGACACCGCUGAUCACGUGGUAAAAGGCCGCUGUGAUUGGC